UUUAGCUCUUCCUCACUUUUUCUUUGGCGUGGGCGGCAGAGGGAGAAGAGGAGGAGGAGCAGAAGGAGGAGAUGGACGCGAACGGGAGGAAGAAGGAGAAGCCGCCGUCGAAUUCGGCGGUGAAGUCGUUCUUUUCAAUCUUCAUGCACGCCGACGCCAUCGACAAGGCGUUCAUGACGUUCGGCAUCCUCGGCGCGAUCGGCGACGGCCUCUCGACCCCAGUCAUGCUCUACAUCAGCAGCAAGAUCCUCAACGAUCUCGGCGGCGGCGGCACCGGCGCCACCUUGUUGUCGGAAUUCACACAUAAAGUCGACGAAAAUGCACGGAAUCUCGUGUUCUUGGCAAUGGGAACGUGGGUGUCAGCUUUUUUAGAGGCAUUCUGCUGGACGAGGACGGGGGAGCGGCAGGCGUCGACGAUGCGUGCGCGGUACCUGAAGGCCGUCCUGCGGCAGGACAUCGAGUUCUUCGACCUGACGGCCGGCUCGACGACUGAGGUCAUCACCAGCGUCUCGAACGACAGUCUGGUGAUCCAGGACGUGCUGAGCGAAAAGGUGCCGAACUUCAUCAUGAACGCCUCGCUCUUCGUCGGCAGCUACACCGUCGGGCUUUUCCUGAUGUGGCGGCUGGCGCUGGCGACGCUGCCGAUGUCGCUACUGCUCAUCAUACCCAGCCUGGUGUACGGCCGGAGACUGAUGGGCCUGGCGCGGAGGAUCCGCGUGGAGUACAACAAGGCCGGGUCGAUCGCGGAACAAGCCGUGUCGUCGGUGCGGACGGUGUACUCGUUCGUCGCCGAGGGGCGGACGAUGGCCAAGUUCUCGGCCGCGCUCGACGACUCCGUCAAGCUCGGCCUCCAGCAGGGCCUGGCGAAAGGCCUCGCGAUCGGUAGCAACGGCAUCACCUUCGCAAUCUGGGCCUUCAGCACCUGGUAUGGCAGCCGCCUCGUCAUGUACCACGGCGGCAAAGGCGGCACCGUCUUCGCCGUCAGCGCCGCGGCCGUCAUGGGUGGCCUAGCAUUGGGAUCCGGGCUGACGAAUGUGAAGUACUUCUCGGAGGCAAGCUCGGCGGGGGAACGGAUCCUCGAAGUCAUCCAGAGGGUGCCGAAGAUCGACUCGGAGAGCACGGAGGGCGAGGUGCUGGGCGAAGUGCGCGGCGAGAUCGAGUUCAAGGGGAUCGAGUUCGCGUACCCCUCGCGGCCGGACAACCCGAUAUUCGUGGGCCUCAACCUAAAAGUGCCGGCGGGGAAGACGGUGGCAUUGGUCGGGGGGAGCGGGUCGGGGAAGUCGACCGUGGUCGCUCUGCUGGAGAGGUUCUACGAUCCGUCGGCGGGCGAGAUUUUGCUCGACGGGGUGGAUAUAAAGACGCUUCGGCUCAAGUGGUUGAGGUCGCAAAUGGGGCUGGUGAGCCAGGAGCCCGCGCUUUUUGCAACUUCGAUAAAGGAAAAUAUAUUGUUCGGAAAAGAGGAUGCAACAAUGGAGGAAAUAGUGGCAGCUGCGAAGGCCGCAAAUGCUCACAACUUCAUCUCUCAGUUGCCUCAAGGAUAUGACACCCAGGUCGGUGAGCGCGGAGUUCAAAUGUCGGGAGGACAAAAGCAAAGAAUAGCAAUCGCGAGGGCGAUACUUAAAGCACCGAAGAUCCUCCUCCUCGACGAGGCGACGAGUGCGCUGGACACCGAGUCGGAGCGCAUCGUCCAAGAAGCGCUCGACGCUGCCGCCGUCGGCCGAACCACUCUCGUCAUCGCCCACCGCCUCUCCACUAUCCGCAAUGCCGACCUCAUCGCUGUCAUGCAGACCGGCGAUGUCAAAGAGCUUGGUCCCCACGACGAACUCAUCGCCAACGACAGUGGCCUCUACGCAGCCCUCGUUCGCCUUCAACAAACCAGAGACGCGAGGGAAGAUGAAGAAGUGGUUGGGCCGUCUUCCGCUUUCGCAUCGCGCUCCUCGCGAUUGGCCAGCAACAGCCUGAGCAGGCGGCUCUCCAGCAGGACCAGCUCGGCGCGGUCGGCCGGCGGCAACGCGGAGAACGACGAAGACCCUUCAGCGCAGCCUGCCAAGCCUCCUGUGCCGUCGUUCCGGCGGCUGCUGAUGAUGAACGCGCCGGAGUGGAAGCAUGCGGUCCUGGGGAGCGUCUGCGCGGUGCUCUACGGGGCGGUGCAGCCAGUGUACGCGUUCGCGAUGGGGAGCGUGGUGUCGGUGUACUUCUACCCCGACCACGGCGAGAUCAAGUCGAAGAUCCGGACGUACGCGCUGGUGUUCGUGGGGCUGGCGAUGGCGUCGUUCUCGAUCAACGUGGGGCAGCACUACAGCUUCGGCGCCAUGGGGGAGUAUCUCACCAAGAGGGUGAGGGAGAGGAUGCUGGCCAAGAUUCUGACCUUCGAGGUGGGGUGGUUUGACCAGGACGAGAACUCCUCCGGCGCUAUUUCCGCUCAGCUGGCCAAGGACGCCAACGUGGUGCGAUCACUGGUGGGUGAUCGCAUGGCGCUGGUGAUCCAGACCAUCUCGGCCGUGACCAUAGCGUUCACGAUGGGCCUGAUCAUCGCGUGGCGGCUGGCGGUGGUGAUGAUCGCGGUGCAGCCGAUCAUCAUCGUGUGCUUCUACUUCCGCCGCGUCCUCCUCAAGAGCAUGUCCAAGAAGGCCAUCAAGGCGCAGGCCGAGAGCAGCAAGCUGGCCGCCGAGGCCGUGUCCAACCUCCGCACCGUCACCGCCUUCUCCUCGCAGGGCCGCAUCCUCCGCCUCUUCGACGCCGCCCAGGAGGGCCCCGCCCGCGAGAGCCGCCGGCAGUCCUGGUUCGCCGGCCUCGGCCUCGCCACCUCCAUGAGCCUCACCACCUGCACCUGGGCCCUCGACUUCUGGUACGGAGGCAAGCUCAUCCGCCAGGGCCACAUCACCUUCAAGGAGCUGAUCCAGACCUUCAUGAUACUCGUCAGCACCGGCCGCGUCAUCGCCGACGCCGGCAGCAUGACGACGGACCUCGCCAAGGGCGCCGACGCGGUGGCCUCGGUCUUCGCAGUCCUCGACCGCACCACCAAGAUCGAGCCGGAGGACCCCGACGGCUACAAGCCGGAGAGGCUGAGAGGCGACAUCGACCUCCACGGGGUCGACUUCGCGUACCCGGCGCGCCCCGACGUGAUAAUCUUCAAAGGAUUCUCCCUAAGGAUCCAUGCAGGGCAGUCGACGGCGCUGGUGGGGCAGAGCGGGUCCGGCAAGUCGACGAUCAUCGGGCUGGUGGAGAGGUUCUACGACCCGCUGAAGGGCAGCGUGAAGAUGGACGGCCGGGACGUGAGGACGUACCAGCUGCGGUGGCUGCGGAGGCAGGUGGGGCUGGUGGGGCAGGAGCCGACGCUCUUCGCGGGGACGAUACGGGAGAACAUCGUCUACGGGGCGGAGGCGGCGACGGAGGCGGAGGUGGAGGGCGCGGCCAGGGCGGCGAACGCGCACGACUUCAUCAGCAACCUCAAGGACGGGUACGAGACGCCGUGCGGCGACCGGGGGGUGCAGCUGUCGGGCGGACAGAAGCAGCGGAUCGCGAUCGCGCGGGCCAUACUGAAGGACCCGGCGGUGCUGCUGCUGGACGAGGCGACGAGCGCGCUGGACAGCCAGUCGGAGAAGGUGGUGCAGGAGGCGCUGGACAGGGUCAUGGUCGGCAGGACCAGCGUCGUCGUCGCGCACAGGCUCAGCACCGUGCAGAACUGCGACCUCAUCGCCGUCUUGGAGAAGGGCGCCGUGGUGGAGAAGGGCACGCACGCGUCUCUCAUGGCCAAGGGCCCCGCCGGGACUUACUACGGGCUGGUUAGCCUCCAGAAGGGGAACAGAGGGAGCGACCACUGAUUGAUUGAGUUGAUUGAGUUAAUUUGGCGCCUCAAUUUGCGGUCCUGAUCCGCUCAAUUAAUAUUUGUUGCCAUUUUUGCUUUGGUAAAGUAAAACAAAACAAUCAAUGUUUGUUUUUGUUCAAAUCUCUUCUAUUGUACUAGUUUCUCAAAUAAGACCUGUAAUAUCGCUUGACAUCACACGGACAUUGUAACAUGUAAAUGCGAAAAAGAAAAGAAUAUUACUUUUGUUUUCAUUUUA